CAAAUCAUAAGCACGUUUAAUUUAUCUCAAUAUUUAUUUUUCAAUGAUCAAACAGUCAACAAAAUUAUUCUUAAUUUACUUUUGAUUGACAUAAUGAGAAUGAAACACAAAAAAAUAAUAAUUUUUAACGAGUGUGGUCAAUGAAAUGAAGAAUCAAGGCUGAGUAAACAAACUACAACGCUUUAUAAUGCUCGGAAUAUUGUCGAAUGUAAGUCUGUUUUGUGGAUUGAAUCAAAGCUGAUCAGAUCUUUGCGAGUAAAAUGGGAAAAAUUCAACUAUUUGCUGUGCUAUUUAUUAUAUUUCAGCUGACAUUAGCAGCAGAUCUAAAAUGUAGCGUUUGGAUGAAGGGAAUGAACACAAUGCAUAAAUGUUGUAAACUUCCGUUACCAAUUGAUGAGAAAAUCUUUGAGACAGCAUCUAAAUUGAAUAUGUCACAUUGUGAAAAACAAGAGAAAGUCGCAGAGAUGUUGAACUUGAAAAAUGCUGACAAAGCUGCUUACAAAAAUCAUUUAACAAAAGUCAUAACUGAUUCAGAUUGGAAGCCAAUUUUAGUCAAAAAUUCAGACUUUUGUGUAGAUUUAGCACCAAAGCUAGUUGCACCAUUUGCUAAGAAAGUCAACAUUACUGAAGAAGGAUGUGGAGCUAAAUUUAUGCUCACAUUUAACUGUUGGAUGGCAACUGCAUAUUCGGAAUGUCCAGAAAAGUUUUACACGGAUUCUUCUGAAUGUAAGGAAUUAACUAAAACAAUAAAAGAAUGCAAAGAAAAUACAGCUGACAUCAUCAAAGCUUUUGAAGCACCACAAUAAGAUUUAUAAUUUGAACAAUAUUUUAUUUAUUUUUGUUAAGUCGCAUUUUAAUAAAAAUUGACUUCUUUUUGGAUUCCAC